AUGAAGGCAUCAUCAUCCAUCGAAGAGACGGAUGAUGCUUCUCCUCUCUCGGAACAACAGAAGCAACGAACUUUGGGAGAGUUACGGUUUCGGUUCCGCUCCUCCGCGUUGAAGCAAAGUCCGAGCUCGGACGCUUUACUUCACGAUGGGGAGGAGGAGGACUUUUUGGAGGAGGAAGAUCAGUUGGCGAGAUACGUGGAGCCUCCGGAACUCCCCACGUUAGCGAUGCAUAAAGUUUUCGGUAAGGAGUUGUUCCUAGAUGAGCGUUUUAUUACAUGCGAAAUGUGUGAUCGACGCCCUUUUGGAGAAUAUGAUAUAACACGCUUACAACGAAACACCAUUUUCUAUUACCACAACUUUUAUUACAUGUAUAUAUACACAUGUUAUCAUCAUCAUCAAAAAUCAGGCGCUUUGUUUUGGGCGAUGACGUUUUACUGCUGGUACAAAGUGAUCGGGUACUUUUUCGUACCUCUGGGGAUAUAUUUCACGUCCUUGGUAUCGCCGGCGUUCGUUCGAACGAAGCAAAAAGGCGUGAGAGAGACGGUGAUUGAAGAGUCAUCGGGGUCGACUCAUUUAUCUGCGUUCGCGAAAAGAGAAGAGAACGCGGCGAAAAGCGUAAACGAAGACGUGUACAGGAGAGAGCACGCGGAGCAAGUCGGGAUCGUGGUCGCCAUGUACGCGUUCCUUAUAAGCGCGAUAUUCAUUUUCCCGCCGUUUUUUCUUUUCUUCGCGCCGUUCGAGUGGAUCAAGUAUCUGUUUUUGUUUUACGUGGCGUGGUAUUUCGUUUUAGAUCGAGACGCGUGCGAAAAAGGGACGAGAUUUUUAGGUUGGACGAGACGGUUGCCGUUUUGGAGAUUGGCGGCGGGAUAUUUUCCCGUGCGGUUGCACAAAUCCGCGGAUUUGGAUCCUUCCAAGAAUUAUAUUUUCGGGUAUCACCCGCACGGCGUCAUUUCCGUCGGCGCUUUGUUGACGUUUGCGAGCGAGGCCACGGGUUUCGCGAAUGCGUUUCCGGGAAUUGACGUCAGGUUGUUGACGUUAUCCGUCAAUUUUUUCUUCCCGUUUACGAGAGAAGUGUUGAUGGCGUUGGGGAUAAACUCGGUGACUCGAAGCAGCGUGGAAAAAAACUUGUUGCGAGUAAAAUCAUCGGCGGCGAAGAAACCGAGAGGAAACGCGGUGGUUAUCGUCGUCGGCGGCGCGAACGAAGCCAUGGACGCGCACCCCGGGACGGCGAUAUUGACGUUAGCAAAGAGGAAAGGAUUCGUAAGAUUAGCGUUAAAAACCGGCGCGACGUUGGUACCUGUAUUCGCGUUUGGCGAGAACGAUAUAUUCGACCAAGUCGAAAACCCGGAGGGUGGCGUUUUGCGAGCGUUUCAAAAGCGCGUGAAAAGUUUAAUCGGCAUCACUCCGCCUGCGUUUUACGGUCGCUCGUUGAGUCGAGGCGUUUUGAGACGAUUUUUCGGCAAACGAGGCGUCUUACCGAAGCGCCAAUCGAUAGAAGUCGUUUUUGGUAAACCGCUGGAGAUUAAAGAGAAACCGUACGGGAACGACCAGAUUCCGGAGGAUAUCGUGGACAAGUAUCACAAGGAAUACGUCAACGCGCUGAGAAACUUGUACGAGUUGCAUCGCAAAUCGUUCCACCGAAUGAAACGAACGGACUCGUUCGAAGAUUUCGCGUCUCGGCAGAAGAAGAUGCAGCCGAUACGGUUCAAAUAG